AUGAGUACUGAUCCGUAUAAAAUCAAGGGUCAGUUGUUUGAUAUUGGUCCUCGAUUUUCGGACCUUAGUUAUAUCGGUGAAGGUGCUUAUGGAAUGGUUAUUUCUGCUUUUGAUCAUCAUCGGAACGAAAGGGUUGCGAUAAAGAAGAUCACACCAUUCGAACACCAAACAUACUGUCAACGAACCUAUCGGGAAAUACGCAUACUCAGUCGAUUAGACCAUGAAAACAUCAUCCCGCUCUAUGACGUUUUUACGACGGCAAAGUUUGAGGAUAUGAAGGAGGUUUAUAUCGUCGAGAAAUACAUGGAAACUGAUCUAUAUAAGCUGCUAAAAGUACAACAGUUAAGUCAGGAACACACAUGCUAUUUCUUGUAUCAGAUUCUUAGAGGCCUAAAAUUCAUCCAUUCUGCGAAUGUUUUGCAUCGAGAUUUGAAACCUAGCAAUAUAUUGUUGAAUCGAAUGUGUGACUUAAGAAUAUGCGACUUUGGUCUUGCACGCAUCGCCGAUCCGCAGUGUGACCAGGCUGGAAUUUUGACGGAAUAUGUGGCUACCCGAUGGUACCGAGCUCCGGAGAUUAUGCUGACCUCCAAGGUUUACACUAAAGCCAUUGAUCUGUGGUCGGUCGGUUGCAUUCUAGCAGAAAUGUAUAGCAACCGCGUUCUUUUUCCCGGAAAACAUUACAUUGAACAACUGAAGAUGAUCAUCGAGGUGCUUGGGUCGCCCCAUCAAGAAGACCUUAAUGCAAUUAACAACACAAAAGCUAGAAUGUACUUGGAACAGCUGCCGAAAAGACCGAAGAUUCCCUGGCAGCAACUCUUUCCGUUCGCCGACCCCAAAGGACUGGACUUGCUCGAUCGCUUGCUUUGUUUCCUCCCGUCUCGCCGAAUAAACGUUGACGACGCACUCGCGCAUCCCUACUUGGCGCAAUACUACGAUCCGUCUGAUGAGGUUUGUUCAAUCUUUUGUCCUCUCAACUCCCUAACUCCACUGCACCCUUAUAGGUUGCCACUGUUAUAA